CACUAACCCGCGCCGAAGAACCGUAAACAAAGAGAUCCAGUAGAACAGGGUCACGGAACCGCAGCGCCUGCUGCCCUAAACAUCAACUUGAAAGCAGGACACGUUGUUGGUCGAGCAUGCCCAGUAACACGGCUCAACUCUUGGAGUCAGACGACACCGAACCGGAUCUCCCGGUACCGGUACGGAAUCUGAGCGGGUUGAGUCUGAUGGAGGAUGACAGUCUGUCAGAACCACGCGAUGUUUCCCACCUGGGUGUUUUGGGUGCGGUUUUGGACCUUCAGCCAUUAUGUCACCCAGGAUCAGACGAGGAGAACAUCAACAACAACCUCAUCAGACACGAUUGUGAUCUGGAGCAGCUGAGGAUCCGGGCCGUGCCUCCAGAACUCACCGGUAUGGAGGUCUCCGGGCCGGGCAGGCUCUUUCAGGACGGGCCGGCUGAGGUGGAUUGGAGGAUGAUGAUGAUGCUGGACGAUGGUGAGAGGUGUGCGCUCAACACCAGGAGGAAGAGUGUCAACACUACAGAGUGUGUCGUGGUUCCCACAUCUGAACAUGUGGCAGAGAUUGUUGGACGACAGGGUUGUAAGAUCAAAGCUCUGAGAGCAAAGACCAACACCUACAUUAAAACCCCCGUGAGAGGAGAAGAGCCGGUGUUUGUUGUGACGGGACGGAAAGAGGACGUGGCCAUGGCCAAGCGUGAGAUUCUGUCGGCGGCCGAGCAUUUCUCGCUGAUCCGGGCGUCGCGGAACAAGGUGGCGUCAGGCGUUGGGCUCAACAGCGUCCCUUGUCACCCAGGACAGACCAGCAUCCAGGUGCGGGUGCCGUAUCGAAUGGUGGGGCUCGUGGUCGGGCCGAAAGGAGCCACCAUCAAGAGGAUCCAGCAGCAAACUCACACCUACAUCGUCACUCCAAGCCGUGAGAAAGAGCCGGUGUUUGAGGUGACCGGCAUGCCUGAGAACGUGGACCGAGCGAGGGAGGAGAUCGAGGCGCACAUCGCUCUGCGUACCGCCGGAAGCGUGGAUUUCACAGUAGACGAUGACGACUUCCACUACAAUGGCACAGAUGUCGGCUUUGAGUUGGGCAGCAAUGGAACGUGGCUCUUCUCCAGCACCGCUUCACGCAUCACUAAUGCCAACUUCCAAGUCAACGGCGCCGGCUACCGCAACGACAGCUCCAGCUCACUCGGAAGCAACUCCAGCGAGUCUUUCUACAGCAGCGGCGGGAUGGCGGAUCUCAGCCCCGGCAGCGGUGGAUGUACGUUCUGGUUCGGUGAUACCCAGCUGCCCCUAGGGUCAGACGAUUCUGCAGGAUCCACCAAUCAGCAUCAGGCAGCUUGGAACGCGUUGGAACGAGGAGGUGCCAGUUUGCCAUCCACGCCGCGGCUUUCUCCGUCCCUCCUCACCCGCCUGUCUCCAUCCCUCCCGGAGGCGCUGGAUCAUCCGCUGGUUCGGUUGGUGCAGGAGAAUUCCCAGAGCCUUCCCGCCUUCGGUCCGGUAUUCUCCCCUUCAAGCGACAGUGUGGGCUCUGGCUCCCCGCCCAGGGCUCGCAGCUACACCAAACACAGCCAAGUCCCAGCGUGCAACCGCUGCGGCGGAGGAGACGGUGUGGCCACGCUCGUCCUGGGUGGGCAAAAUCUUCUCCGUCCAGAGUGUUCCAACUCCAUCCUGCAUAGCACAUAAAGCUCUCCGGCUACACCAAACGUCCAUUGACGUUCAUCGGGAUAACGAGAAGUAAACUUUUUUUUUUUAUAUUGAUAACUUCUUCUUUACGAUGGGAGAUGCAGGUUUAGAGAAAAAAAUCAAAGUUGAGUUCAUCUCAAAUGUUUCUCCUUUAUGUUAAGCUGCUAAAACGGCAUCAACUACAUGUUUUUGUUUUUUUCAUUACCACAGUAAAUAAAUACUGUGUUUACAUUUUAUGUCCCUGAUACCACGACAGCGUCAAAACAUUUGUGCACACAAAGUUUGUUUUUCCCUCACGUGGCCGGAGGAGGGCAUUCCCGAUGAUCUCUUCAAACAUCUCCAUCGUCAUUACCAAACUUAAAGGAUCUCUACAUCAAAAUCAAUGGGCCACAGAUCUGUCAAUCGCCAAGCGCUCAUCUUGUGAACACGGCCCAUUACUGGAGUAUGUUUGUGUGAUGACCCUCAUUGCCUUAACGUGAACGGGUCACUCUCAAAGUCCAACUGCUGACACGGUGUCAUUGAACUCCGAGAAACCCUGAAGGCAUCAGCCAUCUGGAACCUGUCAAAAUUAACUUUCUAUUUCUUUUUGUACUGUUUUUUAGUGUUCCUGUAGUUUCUAUUUCAUUUCCAAAUUGACACCCGUCAAGAUGAAAGAUUAUUUGGCAAGCGGUGCACCGCUGUUUGCUUGAAGUAUUAGCUUGUAGAGUAUUGAAGUUAGGUACUGUAGAGCAGGAAUCUGCACACCUGCAUGUUUUUAUUAUCUCAAAGAUUCCUUCAAUGCCAAGGAUUCAAUAUAUAUAGAGAAAUAUAUACAGGCUGCAUUUGAUCUGCAAUGCAUAUUAACAUAUUCUUAUAUUAUGAACAAAACAAAAGUCCUGCAUUAAACAUGACCUGGAAUUUUAUGUUUAUCGGAGGGAUUUUUACCGUCACACUGCUACAAUGUUUAUGUUUUUGAUCAUUCUUUUAUUACGUGUGUAUCAUAGACAUAUAUAAAUACACACAAACAUGUGUUCAUGUAUGUAGGGACGUGAAGGCGUAUAAGUUGUAUUCUUAAAGUUUAAAAUAUAUUUUAUGAUAAAGGCCUUACUGUCCUUUGGCCAAAGCACUGAUAUUAUAUAUUUGCUGUAAAAAAGAAUUAAGAUUUUUAUUUUUCUGAUAUUAAGAGUUCCUUAAUAAAUUGUUUCAUUUAAAACA